AUGAUCGAAAUUACCGUGAAUGAUCGACUGGGAAAGAAAGUUCGAAUCAAAUGCAAUCCGACCGACACCAUAGGUGAUUUGAAGAAGUUGAUUGCUGCACAGACGGGAACUAGGCAUGAAAAAAUUGUGCUGAAGAAGUGGUACACUAUCUACAAGGACCACAUCACUCUUCAAGACUACGAGAUCCAUGAAGGAUUCAACUUUGAACUUUACUACCAGUGA